GAUCUCAUAAUCUCACCUAGAAGUAAGAUUGACCUUUCGGAGAGUGACAUAUAUGUCAGAUAUAAAAUAAUCAACCAAACGUUGCUUCAGCCUUCCCUGCAAAUGCACUCCACCAUUCCCAUUUCCUCUUCAACAACCAAGAUUCCACCCGAUACUGAUUUCAUACAUCUCACCACCUCAAACCAAAUGCGAGACCCCAGUGCAUCCAUUUCCAAAUCCCUCACAUCCUCGCCCAUCCAUCUCUGAUUCAGCUCUCUAAAAUCGGGAGAAACCCAAAAAUCUAAUCUUUCAAGUGUAGCCUGAAAAGUUCACAGCUUUGUGUAGCUCUGUGUCUACUGGAUUGAACCAGAGAACUACCAUGGUGGAGACCUCGCAACCGCUGGGGCGGUUCCAGUACCAGAGGCUCGAGUUGAAGCGAUGCGUCCCAACAUUUCUUUCUUCCCACAAAACCCUCUUCACCGUCUUGUGGAUAGCCGCCUUUGGCUCCGUCUUCCUCUGGCAGCGGAAUGCCGUCGGCGGCGGAGGGUUCAAUAUCUUCUGGCGGGCGCCCGUCCGGCCGAUGCCCAAACUCCGGCCGUUUGCUUUUAAUCUGACCGAUUUUGGUGGGGUGGGCGAUGGAGUCACUGUGAAUACCGCUGCCUUCGAGAGGGCUGUUUCGGCGAUCUCAAAGCUCGGGAAGAGAGGCGGUGGGCAGCUGAAUGUGCCUCCAGGAAAUUGGCUCACUGGACCCUUCAAUCUCACUAGUCACAUGACUUUAUUCCUUGCUGAGGAUGCUGUUGUACUUGGAAUUCAGGAUGAGAAGUUUUGGCCGCUUAUGCCUCCAUUGCCGUCCUAUGGGUAUGGGAGAGAGCAUCCUGGUCCUCGAUACGGGAGCUUAAUUCAUGGUCAAAAUCUCAAAGAUGUUGUCAUCACUGGACACAAUGGUACCAUAAAUGGCCAGGGUCAAACAUGGUGGAAGAAGUACCGCCAGAAGCUACUCAACCACACUAGGGGUCCUCUUGUUCAAAUAAUGUAUUCAAGCAAUAUAGUGAUCACUAACAUAACCUUGCGUGAUUCCCCAUUUUGGACUCUCCAUCCAUAUGACUGCAAGAAUGUAACAAUAAGGAAUGUUACGAUUUUGGCUCCCAUAUUCGAGGCUCCAAACACUGAUGGAAUUGAUCCUGAUUCAUGUGAGGACAUGAUCAUUGAAGACUGUUACAUAAGUGUGGGGGAUGAUGCUAUUGCAAUAAAGAGUGGCUGGGAUCAAUAUGGAAUUGCAUAUGGGCGACCUGCAAAAAAUAUUCUCAUCCGUAAUCUAGUCGUUCGCUCUAUGGUCAGUGCUGGAAUAUCUAUUGGAAGCGAGAUGUCCGGUGGGGUAUCGAAUGUCACCGUGGAGAAUGUCAUUGUAUGGAAUUCGAGGCGUGCAGUUCGUAUAAAGACUGCCCCCGGAAGAGGAGGUUAUGUUCAGCAAAUAACAUACCGCAACCUAACAUUUGACAAUGUGAGAGUUGGGAUUGUAAUGAAAACCGACUACAACGAACACCCAGAUGAAGGGUACGAUCCAAAGGCUGUUCCUGUGAUCAAAGACAUAAGCUUCACCAGCAUCCACGGCCAAGGAGUUCGUGUCCCGGUGCGUAUACAUGGGAGUGAAGAAAUCCCUAUAAAGAAUGUGACUUUUCAAGACAUGUCAGUUGGACUAACGUACAAGAAGAAGCAUAUAUUUCAGUGUGCCUUUGUGGAGGGGCGUGUAAUAGGGACCAUUUUCCCAGCACCCUGUGAGAACCUCGAUAGGUACGAUGAACAAGGGCAACUUGUCAGGCGUUCCGCUUCACAGAACACCACAGACAUCGACUAUGAUUUUUGAGUUAAGGAUUCAUUCCUGCGGUCGCCCGAUUCACUGUUAGCAUGUACUCCAAAUGUCAAUGCGUUCAGUUGGUAUCCUAGCGAUAAUAUCUGGAUGGAAGAAUUUAGACCAGUGGUUUGCUGUUAUGUUUUCUUGGCAUAUUCAUUACUCCAAAGUCCGCAGCAAAUUCUUUCGGUUUCUUGUACGUUCUUUAGAGGUGUAUAUACAGAAAGCUUCAGUUAUAGGUUGACAGGUCGAGUGGAAUGACAUCAGAGAUAAAGCCUAUUGUUUUGGCUUGCGAGUGUUUCAUUUUGUGUUGUGAAGUGCAUUAGCCAAGUUCUUGCUCGUAUUUAGUUCAAGUUUUUUAACUUGGAUUUGUUCAAGGCAUGUUGGAAUUUGUCGUGCUCUUCUGCAUCCACUAGAGCCUUCGUUUUUCAU